AUGACGCGCGGGAAGGCGUCGGCUACGACGUCUCGAGGCGCUCGCAAGCGCCGCUAUCCAGCCGUAUCCGUAUCACCCGCCUCUUCCUCAGAUGAAGACCAAGAGCUGGUGGUCGACGCUCGUUGUCGCCGCCGCGUCAAGCGCCACAAGCCCAGCGCUAUUCUCUCGCAGUUCACGAGUCUCGACGCGUUACUUCACGAUGACUUGACGGAGAAACGCAAGCGCGAGACCCGCGAGCGGAAGCUGCAGCAGCUGCGUGAAGAGAGUGAGAAGAGCUCGGGAGCUGGCGGGUCGUCGCCCAUGGGCCAAGUCUUGACGAACAUGGCCAUUAACAUGUCGACGCUCUCUGGUGACAGUGAUCUCUUUUCGACGUCUGAAGUAACUGUAACCGAGGAGAAGUUUGGCUACGUGUUUACACCCAUGACAGAGCCGCUGCCGUACCGCACGUACAAGGCAACAGAGAUGGACCUGCAGAGCGAGAUGAAGCUCGUGUACGAGGUGAUGGAGUCGACCGAGGACGGAGAGUUGAGUGGACUGUUGUGGUCCAAAGCUAUUCUGCUUUACUGCAUGCUCAAGUGUCAAAGCAAAGCAACUACCACUAGCGACUCGUGCAAGACACCAAUUUCCGUGCCUUUGAAGAUCGGAUCGUGGCUGUUUAUGACGAUGUCAGCUCAUAGUGACAGUCACGUAGUUGGCGGAUGUUUUAGCAAUCUAUUUCUGAUUCAGAGCUCGACUGCAAAAGCUUCGACUCAGAAGUUGAGCUGGGGGCUUCCUGUGGCGUGUUUUUCCCAUUCGAUUGAAGAUUAUUGCUCAGCGUUUGGCACGCAGGCCCCUCCUAUCGAGAUGGAGUGGAAACCGUCCAUCUAUGACUUCCUCAAUGCCUUUCGCACCUACGGCUUCCAGGAUAGCAAGCGAUCUAUGAGUGUGAAGAGCAAGAUUCCAGUGACGCCACCGUCUGCAAAGAAGGCACGCGUGGUGCCGUUUCCGACCCUGAAUAUGCACUACGUGCUCGUGUACUUUGUGCUUUGUUUGCGGACGAGAACGCUGGCGUUGGAAGGUUAUGAUGCGUUCAGCUUUACCAUGUUUUUCUUGCGGAUGCAGUUUGAGAACGCCAUUCAUGCCAGCAUCGUGGAUUUGGCUACCAUCUGUAUUGAAGAGCUGCUUGACGUGUUUCCACGCACGGAGUGGCGGAAGGAAUGGGCGCCACAGCUUAUUCUUCGGAUCGCUGGGGCAACGGAAGGUUUGUUUGACUCGCCAGCGGGAUGGCUUGCAGUCGCUCGUCGAAUUCCACGUACGAUGCGUGGUACGCAGCUUACCACGGGACUUGCGAUCUACGUGUUGCAACAUCGAAUCGACAAGAAAGCACAAGAAGGAGCGACUUCUGAGAGACCUCUGAAGUUCCCGAUCCAGAGCGGUCUUGUCGUUGAUAUUGUGGCUGGUAUUGUCGAAGACUUGACACACAAGUACGCAGAAACGCGCAAGAGCGGCAAUGUGUCAAAGAAAGCACCACCCUUCGAUCUGCUAUGUAAGAAGGUGGCGUUAAUGGAUUUGGCCCUGCAGGCAUUUCUCAACAUCCUUACUCCAAAAGAGAUGAAAGUUAUGCUGAACAAGCUAGACCAGCUGGCUGAUGCACAUAAGUCCACCAUGUCGGCAAAAUGGCAUGAGCUCAAGACGCUAGUAAGUCUCAUGCAUCGCAAAUACUCGCUUGAGAAUUUGCGCGUUGGCUGGAGUUUAUCUCCGACUGCGAAAACCGUGCUGUUUUGUGACGAUAACGACGAGUAG